UUUACUUUCAUAUUUCUGUUAAAAUAUAAUUAAUGUUGUUUUUAAUUUAUUAGGAAUUUAUUGUUGGAAAAUAUGACUAUUGUAUUGUUGUAGAAAGUGUCAUACCAAAUUCACCUGCAGCUGUAGCUGGUAUUAAAAAAAAUGAUAUUAUAAUAUCUAUUGGAGGGACAAAAGUUUGUGAUGUUAAACAUGCUACAAAAAUAUUAAAAAAUAUGGGAGAAAGAUUUUUGUUGUCUGUUGAGAGACAAUCUACUCUUAAAGUUUCUAGAUCUCAAGAAGCUCUUAACAGAGAGGUCUUGUUAGAAGAAGAUUUACUACGAGAAGAUGAUCUUGAAGAUGUUACACUUCAAACUUCAGUAGUUGAUGAUUUUGUUAAUAUCACUUUUAAAGAUGUUGGAUCUCAAGAAUCUCCUAAAAGAAAGACUUCAGUUACUGAAAAUACACUUACGACAAAUGAAUCACCUAAAAGAAGAGUAUCAGUUGGAGGUAAUUCCAUUAAAUCGUAUAAUUUACUUUUUGCAGCAAUUUAA